UCAAUGUGUGCGCGUAACGUGAUACUACUUUGAACAUUACGUGUGAUAUAGACUAUGUUUUAAACUAACCUGCCAGUGUUUGUGAACUUUAAUAAUGUCGGAACUUCGUGGUUCGCCGCCUCUUUCUAGGGCUCUCGAGGGUGGAUUCGGGGCUCCGUUAGCCGCAUUGAGCUCCCUGGCGGAGGCACCUCCUCCGGCUCCCAAUCCUCACGGGAUAGAUCAUAUAUUAUCUCGACCGUCGGUAGGGUCGAAUAUGGGGACUGGUUUGUUGACCCCGAGGUUGUCGCUGGCGGCGGCGGCGGCAGGGAUGGCGCACUACUUGCAACAUAAGCCGCUUUACUGGCCAGGGUUCCAGGGCCUGGUGUCGAACCCCAUGGCGUGGAGAGAGAGAUUGCAGUCGACCUUAUCUAAUCAUAUAAUAGACGAACAUAAAAACCAUCCCACAGAUUGGGACAAGGAUGGCAAGAAAAAGCACACGCGACCGACCUUCAGCGGACAACAGAUCUUCGCGCUGGAGAAGACCUUCGAACAGACCAAGUACCUGGCGGGGCCGGAGCGCGCCAAGCUGGCCUACGCGCUGGGCAUGACCGAGUCACAAGUUAAGGUUUGGUUCCAAAACAGAAGAACGAAGUGGCGAAAAAAGCACGCCGCCGAAAUGGCGACCGCGAAACGCAAACAAGAGGAGCUCGGCGAGGAGUGCGACGAGCAGGAGUCCCACGAGGCCGACCCGUGCAGCGACGACGACGACGCCAAGCGGCCGCGCCUCGACCUGCACCUGCACAUGCCGCACCACCGCCAAAUGUGCAAGGACUCCAGCGACGUGCCGUUCGAUCUGUCGAACUGGCACGUCAGGGUGAACAGGUUCGACGACAUUCGUGAGACGAAGACGAGUGAGUCGGUGGACAGUGACGACAACCUUAAUCUUAACGUGAACGACAACGCCGAGGACAACAGUCAGCCGAUAAACUUUGCGUACUACCACUUUUGA